AUGGACUUGGACGCUACCACUAGCACGAUUCUUUCCUUUGAGUCGGAUGAAUCAAUGAGAGGGAGCGUCUCUCAAACUGUGGAUCUCAAUUUCCACACCCGCAGUCAGAUGUCUGAACAACAGGUUAGAUGCGCCCGAAGUAUUUCAGCACAAGCUGAAGUCCUGGGAAACGAAGACCUUUUGGGUGUGAUAUUUGCUUCGGCACAACCUGUCUUAGUAAAUGUGGAAGAGACUAUGCCAUCAAGUUGGGCAGCGCGAGAUAUCUUGCGGAUAGCUUUGACGUGCAAGAAUUUUUACGAGCCUGCCAUCAGCGUCUUGUGGCGAUCUAUGAUCUCAUGGGCACCUUUGUUAAGACUGAUUCCCUCAGUUGUACAGCGCGAGGGAAUAUUUACCACCGACAGUCCCAUUAUGGUGGAAGACCUUUCACGCUUUAAUUUUUAUGCAAAACAAAUCCAACACUUCAACCUAACACCCAAACACGCAAAAGGGAAGAAUAGUCUCCCAGUCUCAUCGCAUCUAGGCGCUCUGCUUGCGCAUCAUCGGCGGCUCGAAAACAUUUUAUUUCCUGUGCUGCAAACACUGACUAUCGAUAUGUCAUCAAUGCUGCCCGGCGGCAUUCCAAUCUUAUUUCUUCUCCCGCCUGCAGCUCUUAAAGACAUUCGACUCAAAUGGACGAACCCUUUCGAUAGGCAUGUAGCAUCAUCCUUUAUCAACGUUCUUUCUCAGCUGUCUCCCGCACUUUCUUGUCUGCAUUUGGAGGGCUAUUUGGCUGAUGGCACGUUGGAUGUGAGACGUGUGCAUGACUUCAAACAGCUACGAGAGGUAUCACUCAAGCUCAGUCCAGAGGGGCAAAAUAUGACUGCAAUCCCUGAUCUUUGGUCACAACUCACAAAUCUGCAACACCUCACCACUCUUUGUUUAAGCCUUCCCGGCAGUGAAUAUCUAGGACAAUUCUAUGUACCAUGCGUAUUCAAUUCUUUGGAUACUUUCAACAUCAAAGGGCCCAUGGACUCGGUUGUCGUUAUUCUUCGUCUGAUCAAAGUGUCGCAUCUGCUCAACUUCAACCUGACGCUCGACGAGGCCAGUCUUGCUGGAUUGAGUCGCAUGAAGACCCUGCUCCCAGCAUCAUUAGCCAGUCUCAGCAUCCACAGCGUCUGUGUGGAUGCUAUCAUCAACUUCUCUCCAGACAUCCAAUCGAUCGAUAUUGUGUCGGUGUGCGCCGCCAGCAUCAUUCCCAACGCCUUUUUCGCGAAAUUCUCGUCCAUAUCGCGUCUACGCAAACUUUCAAUUUGUCUCGAAGUGAUCAAUUUCCUGUUCGUUGAAUCGCUUCAUUCAGCAAAGUGGAAGUGGCCAAACCUGUAA